CUCUUUCCGAUUUUCGAACUGAGAUUCAAAUAAAUCGUAAGAAGAAUUUGUCCGAUAUCGAAUCGGAGACGGCUGAACUUCACAGGGAGAUAUCUAAUUUGAAACAAAAGCUUCAAGAAGAUAUCGCGACAAUGAGAAAUAGUGUACAAUUGGAUCUUAACACUCGGAAAGUGGACGUAAGAGAGGAACAAAAAAAAAUGGAAAUAAAUAUACAUGAGUUGAACAACAAAAUUACUAUUUCGUGUGGAGAUACACGAACUGAAAUUGAAGCGAUAAAAUGGGAAACAACAAGAAUGGCAUUGGUGGGAAUAUUCGGUUCGGGAAUUUGUGUUUUGCUCGUGAUGUUUGUGUCUAACAAAAAUACCAAGAAGAAAUCAUCAUCACCGACGAAUACCUAUGAACCGAUUGAUUUAUUAUAG